UGACCAUGGAAUUGGUUACAGAAACACCUUCCAAUUCCAUAUCGUAUCUGAUCGUCGAUAAAAAUCGGUCCGAGAGUGAUAUAUUGGAACAAGACGAAUCAGAUUGGUUGACAGGUAUAAAUAUUCUUGUGUGCAGCGUUUUGAUGUUAACUGCAAUGAUAUUAGUUUUUGUAGCCGCGUUAAGUUUCCAGUGCUCUGCCACGUGGCGCUGGUUACGAGAUAAAACUUGCAGCAAAACAAUCAUCGGAGACGAUGAGUUCGGCGGCAAGCAACAGACCAACAUACAAAUUAGCAACUCCAUGCCCGAUCUGCAGGAGCAGGUCAAGCCGACCUACGUGCAGGAAAUCAAAGACAUCGUCGCUAAGAAGGUAUUGAGACAAACUACACUUCCCAUUGUUCCCGACCGUCACCAGACGUUUCAGAGGCAACUUUCCCACCGGCUGGAUAUCCCCACGGACGUAAAAUUCAGUAUAUGCACUCUGGAGAGAAACAACAGCAGCACGGUCGGCUUAAUAAAGCCGGAAUUGUACAGGAAAGAGCUGGUGAAGCAGGCGUCGGUGGAUAGCAACAACGGCCAGGAGAUGGAGUACUGUGGAAAGCUGCAUUUCGCCCUGCAUUACGACAAAGAGCUGGAAGCCCUCGUCGUCAAGGUAUUUGAAUCUAGAGAUUUGCCGGUAAAAGACAUGAACGGCAGUUGCGAUCCCUACGUGAAACUCUACCUGCUACCGGACAGAAAAAAGAAAUAUCAAACCAAAGUCCACAGGAAGAAUCAAAAUCCCGUAUUUAAUGAGACUUUUAUAUUUAGUGUAACGUACGAAGAUCUCCGUGAUAGAUAUCUACAAUUUUCCGUCUACGAUUUCGACAGAUUCUCGAGGCACGAUUUAAUUGGACACGUCGUUUUUAAGGGAUUGUCCGAGAUAUCGGAUUUGGAUCAAGAGGUCGAAUAUACGAUGAACAUUUUGUGCCCACCUAAAGAUAAAGUAGACUUAGGGGAACUGAUGAUAUGCUUAUGCUACUUACCGAAGGCAGGAAGAUUGACAAUAACAAUUAUCAAAGGCCACAACUUGAGAGCUAUGGAUAUCACUGGAAAGUCUGAUCCCUACGUGAAAGUGUACCUGCUGUGUCAAGGGAAGAGAAUCAGGAAAAAGAAGACGAGCGUAAAAUACAAUACGCUUUGCCCCGUUUACAACGAGGCACUGGUGUUCGACGUCCCCGAGGAAAACAUAAAUGAAGUAUCUCUUGUAUUAAAAGUUAUCGAUUACGACAGGAUCGGGCUCAACGAAUUGAUGGGCUGCCUGGUGAUCGGGCCGACUUUCAUCGGGAAGGGGCGCGACCAUUGGACCGAGAUGCUGGAUAAUCCGAGAAGACCGGUCGCCGGGUGGUAUCCCCUGAUGGAGACCAUACCCGCGAACGUCCCGCCGCUCAAGGUCGGAUCCAUCAGUCUUAGUUGCUUGAACAGCAGGUGAAGGAAAAUCGUUGCUGACAAACGUUGAAUACCAUUGUCGCAACGGAAGUGAAACUUUGGCCGAUGUACCGUAGAAAAACGAAAAAAAUUGUAAUUUAUCCUCGGCAGGUCUCCAAGUAAUUUAAGGGAAACAGAGUAUACAUUCGCAUUGUUCGUUGGAAUGUUGAUUCGUAAUUAUUGUAUUAAUGUGGUGAUAUAAUUAAAUAAUUUUAUACUGUGUAGUAGGUUUACCGAAAAUUGAUGUCUGCUUUAUUAGUAUCAUAGUAGUAGCGAAUUAACAUGGGCAAUUAAUUACCUAAUGAUAUAUUUUCAAUAAACGUAUACUUCAUGAAUAAUUGUGAUGAGGCAAACUGUUGAAAAUGCAAGUACUUCGAGAAAGCUAUUUUGUGUUAUAAAAAUUAAUAUAAUUUCUUAUUUGGAUCAUAUUCUAAAUUUCGGAAAAAUAGAUUAUGUUUUAAGAGUUUUUGAUAAAAAUAUACAGUUUUCUAAGAGGAGUAUAAUCAAUUAUCUUACUAAAUGUCGAGGCAAGUAUAGAUAAUUUUUCAUAAUGUACGUGUGAGCGAGAAAAAUAUAUUUCGAUUCUCUACAAAGUAAAAUAAAAUAUUGAAAUUACUUGUAUGGAGCAACUUGUCCCUUUUGACGGUUUUCGAGAAAUAUUCUGACUGUUCAGUCUCACUUUUUCUAUUCUUAUUUGAAUUUUCAAUGUUUAAUUGUAAUAGGUAGAUAAAUAAAUUUAGAUUUAAAAAUACCCUGUUCAUUGGUGUGAAAUUCUUGUUCAUUUAGAAUAUCAUUUUUUCUGUGUUUUAUUCAAAUAAGUUUUUAAAUAUUAGAUUCUAAGAAAUUGAUAAGUCUAAAAUAUAUAUUGUCCUAUUCGUAUCGACUGUUAUUGUAAACAAAUAGAUAUAUUUAUAUACCCACUCUAAGAUAUAUAAGUAAAUGUUAAUUAUAUAUGUAUUAAUUUCGUUUUAUAGUCAUAACGAAAAUUUUCUUCAAAUAUGUACAUUUUUAUCCACUUACCUUGUAAAAAAAUUAAUUGGCAAAAAAAAAUUGUAAUGAUUUAAUU